AUGACUGUUUCAGUUUUCUCCAGAUUUGGGUAUAUCUACUCUCUGAGUGUGAUACUUCUCAUGUCGCCUGGUCUGAGCUUGAGCAUUCCCAUCACGUCUCCUGAGAACCACCACAGGGCAUCAGUCCGUAGGGAUGUUCUUGAUAACCCGCUACUUGAACAGACUGACCUGGAUGCACAGGACCUUCUCAGCCAGUUUCUGUCCACACUAAACCUCACUGAAAAGGGCUCCCAGUCCAGGCCCCCCGCUGCCCGUAAGGAGCCACCAGAGUACAUGCUGGAACUGUAUAACCGAUUUGCCAAUGACCACACUGCUGUGCCCUCUACCAACAUUGUGCGCAGUUUCAAGAAUGAAGAUUCCUCCCCCUACAGUAUGAUGGCCAGGGGUGUGAGGAUAUACCCCUUGCUGUUCAACAUCUCCAUUCCCCACCAUGAACACAUAACAAUAGCUGAGCUCCGCCUUUACACCAUGCUCCAGAAGGCCCAAAGACCACAUUCUGGCCUUGACCGCAAGGUGACCAUCUACAAAAUCCAUGAGGGAGUUCUCUGGAAAAAAGAGGUGGAGACAGAGGGCAGAAGGAGGGAUAUGGAGGAGGUGGUGGAGAUGAAGGACUUGGAGGAACUGGUGACAAAGCAUAUCCAUGCCAGAGAUAAUAGCUGGGUGUCAUUCGACCUGACUCAUGUGAUUACAUUCUGGCGGAAGUCAGGGUGUGCAAUGCACAGACUGGAGGUCCAUGUUGGAAAACUGGAGACAGAAGAGGAAGGGGGCAGACUAGAUGUCACUGAAGAAGGUGAAAAGCUGGUUGACGUUGACAUUGACAGAAGCUUGGAGGGGAAACACAAUGCAGUGUUGAUUGUGUUCUCAGAUGAUCAGAGCAGAAACCAUAAACAGGAUAAGCAAGAACUCAACCAAAUGAUUGAACACGAGAAUGACCUUCCUGAAAAUCUAGAGCAAAGUCAGCAGGCUUUCUGGGGGCACGUCAAUCAGAACAGUGACCACGCUAAUCAGAACGAGCUGGACAAACAGUCCCUCAUGCAUCUGCAGUCCAACCUUAUCGACGACACACCUCCCCGAAUCCGUCGCAAUGUUAAGAGCGAGUCAUGCAAGAGGACACCUCUCUUUGUGGAUUUUAAAGACAUUGGCUGGGAUUCAUGGAUCAUCCAGCCACUGGGCUAUGAAGCUUAUGAAUGCAAUGGUGUUUGCAACCCACCUAUGACCUCUGAGGUCUCACCUACCAAACAUGCCAUAGUCCAGACUCUGUUGAGUGUUAGACGUCCACAGAGAGCAUCGCGUGCCUGCUGUGUACCUACUAAGCUGGAGCCAAUUUCACUCCUUUAUCAUGAUAACGGGGUGGUCACUUUCAACCACAAGUAUGAGGGAAUGGUGGUGGCAGAGUGUGGCUGUAGAUAGUCCUAAAACUGAUGCUACUAGACAGAGCUUGA